AUGGCAAACAGUGCAAAGCAGUCCAGAAACAAAUAUAUCGAUAGAUCGAAGCCACACAUACGAAAAUCAAGUAAUGUGGAUACCAAGCUAGCAUACGUAAGUGGAUCAAAACACGGAAAGUGUGAUGAUGGUAAAUACCAACGGCAGAACGGUAAUGACAGAAAGAGAGACAUUGGAAUGCAUAGUGAUGAAACUAAACGAUUAAGAACAGGUAAUGGAAGCGACAGUGCAAGACUGAAAAUAUUCAAGAUGGAGUUUGAUGAACAAAUGUGCUCAAUCAAGUUGGAAUGUGCAGGAACAUUGGAAAGAGUGAAAGAGCUGUUUAGUAAUCCCAAAGCAAUAACUGUAAUUGAAAGAGGAUAUCUAUUGGAGUAUCCGAGUAAAGAGCAUGCGCUUGUUGACAUGAAGACCAACAGACGACCUUCAGGAAAGAAAAGUGAAUUGGUUGAGGAAUACAUGAACACCAAAUUCAUUCUAAUGAACUUGUCAUAUAAAGAAACGGAGGAAACGAUUUCUGAGAAGUUCAGCAAGUAUGGCAAGAUUGAGAAGAUUAGCAUAAAGAAGAACAAGUACAAUAUAUCCACAGGAAAGGCUAUUAUAAUAUUUAAGAACAAAGCAGUUAUCAGGGAUGAGGUGGUGAUGAACAGUAAGCCUAUAUAUAUUGAAAGAGUUAAAGCGCCUGUGCAAAACAAAAAGAGACUUUUUCUUGGUGGCCUUACAAAAAAGCACUCGAUUGUUGAUAUUAGAACGAUUCUUGCUGGUGCAGGAUGCAAGCCAGUAGAUAUUGUUGUUCCGUACGGAGAUAACAAGAAGAACAAGGGAUACGGGUUUAUUGAGUAUAGAGACGAGAAGGAAGCAAAUGUGUUUGUAAGAAAGUUCAGUUCUAUCAAAUCCAUGCUUGGGCCUGAAUGCUAUUUUGAGUAUUCGAAUGAAAAAAAGCUUUUGAAGAAGUGA